AUGGCCGACGACUCUCAGCAUGAGCACACCUUCGACUCCGCCGACGCCGGCGCGUCUGCCACCUUCCCCAUGCAGUGCUCUGCUCUGAGGAAGAACGGUCACGUCGUCAUCAAGGGCCGCCCCUGCAAGAUCGUCGACAUGUCUACCUCCAAGACUGGCAAGCACGGUCACGCCAAGGUUCACUUGGUUGCCCUCGACAUCUUCACCGGCAAGAAGCUUGAGGAUCUCUGCCCCUCUACCCACAACAUGGACGUCCCCAACGUCCAGCGCCGCGAGUACCAGCUCCUUGAUAUCUCCGACGAUGGCUUCCUCUCCCUCAUGAACGACGACGGUGACACCAAGGACGAUGUCCGUGUCCCUGACGGCGAGAUUGGCGACAAGAUCAACAGACUCUUCAAGGUUGAGGAGAAGGAUACCAGUAAGGAUUUUCUAAAUACGUGUUGUAGAAUUGAAAGCACUGACAAAGAGUUUACAGACGUCGUUAUCUUGACUGCUAUGGGUGAGGAGGCUGCCGUUGAGGCUAAGGAGGCUCCCCGCCAGGGUUAA